CUUUCCGUUGUCAUGUCAGAGCACUCAUUGAAAAUGCUUCAUGGUGAAUUUUUGCUCAGCUUGUAUGGAUGGACACUGGUUGGUGUGUUUGGUGAAUCAGUGUCAGUGAUUGAGGGAGAUUCAGUCACUCUAAACUCUGGUCUCACUGAACUGAUGGAUGAUGAUCUGAUUCAGUGGAGGUUUGUCAAUGAAAACACUUUAAUAGCUGAAGUUAAUGUAAUGGACACCAGCGUCACUGUAUAUGAUUUCAAUGGGAGAUUCAGAGACAGACUGAAGGUGGACAAUCAAACUGCAUCUCUGACCAUCACAGACACCACAAAUGAACAUGCUGGAGAUUAUGAACUAAAAAAUACAAGAAAAGGGACCAAAAAUUUUAGUCUCACAGUCAAUACUCGUCUGCCUGUUCCUGUCCUCAUCUUCAACUCUACUCAGUGUUCUUCAUCCCAGUAUAACUGUUCAGUGGUGUGUUCAGUGGUGAAUGCGAGCGCUGUGAGUCUCUCCUGGUACAAAGGAAACAGUUUAUUAUCCAGCAUCAGUGUGUCUGAUCUCAGCAUCAGUCUUUCUCUACCUCUGGAGGUGGAAUAUCAGGAUAAAAACACCUACAGCUGUGUGAUCAACAACACCAUCAGCAACCAGACCACACAUCUGGACAUCAGCACACUCUGUCAGCCAUCAUGUUCAGUUGCAGAUUCAGUCUCUCUAAUAGUGCUGGUUUCUGCUGGAUCUCUGCUGAUAGUUGCCGCAGGCCUGAUUGUCUGUAUUUACAGGAAAUGCAGAAAAACGGCUCAAGAAGGCAAGUGUUAA